UGCUUUAAACACUUGCGUGAUCAAUGUGCGCUGGUAAAUGACUCUCAUUCGACUCAACUCGUUGCGCAUGCGCAGUGGGUGUAGCUCACCUUGCCCCACUACGAACUUGACGAUAAUUGCUGUGCGCGGCAGGGUGAGCCAGGGUGCACGCUUUUAUAGAAACUCGUUUUAACUACCACCAUGCUCCCGUCCUCUGGUGGAGUCAGACUAAACCGAGUUGCGUUACAAGAAAUCAUUAGGCUAAAACCGUUUCCCCGGCGGAGACGUGUUAUUACUGAUCCCAGCCAGCAAGCGACCGAGGCCGACUCCGUCCAAAGCGGCAAUAAAGCCGGACAAGGUUUAUUAGCGGAACAAGUGGCGGAUGCAGAUAGCAACAAGGAGUUUUGCGUAGCUCCGUCGAAAAGAAAGAGGAAAAGAUGUUAUGAAUCACGAAGAGACGUAAAAGAAGAGCCAACCGAAGACAAUAGUCGUCCAGAAGGGUCUUUGAGAAGAGCAGUGGAAGCAACUCGCUGUAGUUUCUGUGGUGACUGUAAAUGUUUUUUGUCUCAGCGGUGGGCAUCCGGUAAACGAAGGGGACAGAGCAUCAGUCCUGGCCUAGACCCAUCUGCAGCUAAAAUCAAGUUUUGGACAGAAAACCAAUUCGCAGAGGAUUCUAAGAAGAAUGUCAUAUUGAUAAACUCAAGCCCAAAAGUGACACUUUGUGAUGUAGCCCAGUACUGUGGCACAUGCAGUCACAGUUGUGGCUUUCUGUUAACGGAUAUUCUUAAAACCAAAGUUGUACAUUGCUUCAAACAAAACAUGACAUCUGGCUUUCGGUUUUGGCCUGGCUGCUUGGGCCAAGACAAAUGCACAAGUAAGGAUUGCGCUUCAGCUAAAAAUGCUAUGUUCGUUCCAAGGGUUCCGUCUGAGGAGAACGUCUGUCUGAGUCUCAGUGGACAUAAGAGGAAGAUAAAAGACUGUCCAGAUGCAGAGAUGCAUGAUUUUGGAAAGGGUGGGACAACUGAAGCCACUGCAAGAAACUAUGGGGAAUACAGGGCCAACAUGUCAGAAAGAGAUGGUGGGGAGGAGAAGCCAGGAGCAGAGAUGCACAGAAACAAAAGGAUAAGGCUUAAGGAUAACAUUAAUGGAUGUUUGUCCACAACCUCAGGCUUAACGGACGUCAAUUAUGAGACAACAACAAACAGCUCUUUAGGAAAAGAGCAAAUGUGCUACUGGAUGUCUGAUAGUCUGCCAAGUCUAAAACCUAUAUUCCACAGCUCUAGCAUCUUUGGAUCAGCAGCGACAAAAACAAAACACAAGAAACCUUGUGGCCAAAUAGGUGAAGUCCCAGAAACUGAUGCGAAACAAAUGUUAUCAGAGGUUUUCUGUGAAGAGAGAGCGGUGCUAAAAGAUGAUCCGGAGUCGUUCACUUGCCAACGCGUGAGAGCCUAUAUCAGAAAAAUAAACUUUUCUUGUGCACGUACGUACAUGCCCUGGCCUUUCUCUAACCGUGGCUCAUCCCUUACAGCAGAUGCUAGUAGUACAACCUGUCCUGCAGAUAGCUCUCCAAUAAAUCAGUCCAGCACACUGAGCAGCCAGACCAAAGCACCUGCAGGCCCGUCUUUACCGUCAACCAACCACGCUCAGCCAAGUAAGGAGACACGAGGGGAAAAUGGGGAAUGCACAUUGACUCAAAGGACUGGCAAACUACGCGGCUGCACAUUUUCAUACUCCCCGGACACUACGCAGGCUGAACAACCUCUACACUGUCACGUCUCAGACACAGCUGGGCCUUCCACGCCAAGUCAGUGUGGUAGCGAGCUUCACACUGCCACGUUCUCAGCCUCAUCCACGCCAGUGAAUGAGCCGGAAACCAACAGCACCACAGCUACUCCUUCCCCCUCAGCAAUUGCUUUGAGUGACUGGGAACUGUCAUCCCCAUUCACAAGAGGUGGUUUCAGCCACCCCUCAGCCACACAGUCUUUGUUUCUUCUCAAGAAAGGCACAGGUGUUGAGUUGGCAGAUGCUCAUUCUACCAGCGCUUCACCGUUGUUGCCUCAGUUUAUGCCCAGUCCUCUGGAAAAACUUCAAACAUUUCAAGCUUCAAGUAAUUUUGCACAGUUAAGUUACUCUGACUCGUCUCAGUCGUGUGAAUCCUCCCUCAUUUUGCCCCAAGAGGAGCAAGAAGUUGAUGGAAAUUGUUUUUCUGGUGUAAAUUCCAGUUUUGGUGGGCUUCUAAAAAGGGCUUUUGAAAGUCCCGUUAAUUACAAUGCUUUCACAGAACAUUGGCUAGAGGCCAACUCGGAUAAAUUUAUUAUUUUCCCAAUUCUAUCUCCAAUCAGUUCUCCACAACGAUACUCACAGACAACAUCCUUGCCCCAAAGUCAAGGCUGUUCAGAGGGAAAGGAGGUUAACAAGGACCUCAGCAAACACAAAGUGCUACCUGGAUAUCACGUACCACAUGUUAGAGAUGACAGUUCUCAAAGCUGCAAUGAGGAUGUCGAUCACCAAGAGCAAGAAGUAAUGUCAGAAUGUACUCUGUCUGCCCCUAGCAGUCCGAGAGAUGUAAGUAAUAGUAAUGAUGAGAAGAGCCAGGAUCAAACCGAUUUGGAAGAGGGAGAACAGGGUAACAGCAGUUCUGAACAGGACCUCUUCAAUUAUAAAGUAAAGGGAACUCCUUCCUCCACUGUUCUGACGGAACCACAUUCUCCUCCUAACAAUAAAGAAGAUGAUGGGGCAGACUUCAACAAUGAGGUGGCUGGUGAUGGUCAGCCUGGUGUUUUGGAUGAGUUCACUGCUUAUGAACAGGAUAUCCUGCUUGUGGAUGUGAUCCCGGAUGAUUCCGAGCUGUUUGAAAACUUACCUGAGCAAAGUCUGCUGAAACUGGGACCUGUAAGGUUCAACAAGGUGGCCAAAGCUGCCAGACCUGGUGGCUUGGGAAAGAUGUCAGUACACGGAGCUUCCACGGAACAAAAAUUUUCACCAGUAAGUGUGAAUUUUGACUGGAACAAUUCAGAAAUUGCAGAGGAGCAGGAAAGAAGGCCAUGGAGACCUCAGUCUAGUAAAACAAUUGUGUGUCUCACCACAGACAAGGAAACGCACAACACGUGUCAACCGGAUGCCAACAACAAUGGCAUCAGCAGCGGCUUGGAAAGGACUCAGCCCAUCCAGACAGUGAACUCUUCACAUGACAUCCCUCCGCUUAUGAGCGUAAGAAAUGCGACAAGCAUCACAAACCUGUCAGAGUUCAGACGGGAGAGAUCAAACCCUUACUGCAGACGUUACUUCAGUGAGUCACUGUCCUGUGGGUUCAAGAUGUGUCGCUUUCAGCACGUGCCUGUGGACGGUGAUGAGAAGUUCUGUAUUGAAACUGUGAUACGAUUCACUAAAAAUUCAUUGUGCCUCCAGAAAGCAGGAGCUGUGUUUACUGGCUACUACCAGAACAACUCGCCUGGCGUGUAUUUCUCCGUCCCUGUGCUGCUGUCACUCCUCUGGGCUUUGCUCAAAGCUGGAAUGGUGUCUGACGUCCUCUCAGUCCUCAGCGUCAGCCUGGCCUACAGGAUCGUGCCAAGUUACGAGUUCCUGGAGGCCCUUUUUAACUUUGUGAGAGAGAAGAGUCUAACAGACCUCAUGCCUGAGCUGAUGGAGCUCACAGCCAAGAUGGCCAGUUCAGGUUUGAGUCUGGACGACCACUGCACGAAGAACACUCCUGAGUUGCAGCACGCAGUCCAUCCAGCCUCCCCUGCUUCAGUAUUAAGCCCCAGUGAGCCCUUUCCAGAAUACAUCAACUUGACGCAGUCUGUUCAGGAAAUAGAGCUUUGUGGCAAACAAGAGGACUGGAGGAGAAUGGGGGAGCUUUUUACAUUUUUGUGCAAGUUCAGCCAACAUCCCAACCAAGUGGAGCAAAUCAGCGGUCGCAUUGCCGUAGCACUGCUGUCUGAAAGCAAAGACAAGCUGUCUCUGCCCUUCGCUGCCUUCGCUGAUACAGUUUGUCAGGGUGAAAGUGAACUGAUCAAGAGUUUCUUAGGCAGAAUCGGAGUGUCUCUCAUGUUGCGAUACCACAAAACGCAUCAAUGGGUCAAGGGUCGGAGGGUGGUGGAGGUGCUGUCGAUGUCGAAGGUCAACUACUCAACUAUGAAAAGCUUAUUUGGGAAUGAGGACGGUGCGUCACGCUGCUGCCUCAUCACCAAGGCUGCUGAGAACUUCCUCCGGUGUGGCAGCGUGGAGGGCGCUCUGAACACACUGCGAGAGAACAACUGGUUCCUGAGCUCAAGCUCGUGGCCGUGCGAGCCUGCUGAUCUGGAGAGCAGGAGUUGUGUCUUGUUGAGUCUGGCUGAAAAAACGUCUCACCGUGACACCCUAGAGGUGCUGCACAAUCUCCCUGGAAUUAAAGAGGCAACUGGCCUGAUGGACAUCUCCAGAUACAGUGCUCUGUUUAGUUCUCACCUACAAGUGUGUGUGGACAGACAGAUCCUGCCUGUAGCCUCAGACACUGUAGAACUCAUGCUGUCAAAAAAACUGCCUGUUGACCGCGGUUUGCUACAGAUACUUUUACACAAACUGGGAAAGCAAAAGCUCUGGGUUCGUGCACGGGAGGUCUUCAGACAUGCUCUGAGUGUGGGGUACUAUCAGGGUGUGUCUGCUCCAACUGGUUUCAUGACACUGAUGGUCCCCUGUUUUCUCGGGGAGGUGGAGCUGGCUUUCACCUUUGAGAUGUUCAUCGUUGUCAAUGCAACAGCCAUUCUCCACAACUCGGACAGCCCCACUGCCUCCCUGAACAUCACUCUGAAAAGAACUCAAAGCUCUGAGAGCGAGUACCUCUCUGCUGGCAGCCGCCUCCUCUCUGCAGCUUGCAUCCCUCAGCCAAGACUAACUGUUCAAUACACAGCAGUGAACGCCUCGCAAGAGCAAGUGUUCACGCUUGACAUUUGCUCGGCUCGGCAAUGGCUCCGCUGCAAUCAUCUGUGGGCCAAUGAGGUGUGGAUGCAGUGAACCAAAUGGGUCUUCCCCCAUUGUACUUUUCAUUCCCUAGAAACUGUUUAUUUUCACAAACAUCAUUCUGCCUGUGGGACAGCAACCAUUGAAACCAGGAAAAACAACGUGCACUUCAGUUGAAAUGAUCCUGUUGGCUAAAAAGCACAAUAUCAAAAACUCACCCCAAAGACUGAAAACAACAAAUUUAAAGUCUUGCAAAUAACAUUUUCAUUUUUUUUUUCGAUUGCUCAGAUUCUGUGAAUGUUUGGAAGAACAAAACAUCUGGCAUAGUUCUGUUCAGGUGUUAUGCUUUCAUUUUCUAAUUGUGAAUAAUAUCUUAAUGUAAGUGUGUGUAUAUGUGUAUUAUGGUGUUUAGUCUUUGACAGUACUCUGGUACUGUUACGUGCUAUUAUUGAUUGUUAAGACCUCAAUUCAUUACUUCAUUACUUGUUCCCAGAGUUGUUUUCUUUGUAUGGUGUUUUUAUAAAAACAGUUCUGCUUGACAUA